CAGGGGCGUCUACCCUUCGUUGUUGUAAACCUCUUUUGAGUUGUCGCUCGUCUUGACGUCCCCUCUUCCUGAUAGAAAAACCUCACUUCCUAAAAGCCGCAGGGACAUGGGAAACUGUUAUACAGUCGGGCCGAAUGAGGCUCUAGUGGUUUCUGGUGGUUGUUGUGGUUCUGCCGCGAAGAAGACGGUCAUAGGAGGAUGGGCUUUUGCAUGGGCCUGCGUUACGGAUGUCCAGUCGAUAUCACUUGAGGUUAUGACCUUAAACCCAACGUGUGAGGCAGUAGAAACAGCGCAGGGUGUGGCCGUCACUGUGACGGGGGUUGCACAAGUGAAGGUCAUGACCGAGCCUCGACUGCUGAAGACCGCAUGUGAGCAGUUCCUCGGCAAGACCACUAGGCAGAUAGAAAGCGUCGUUCUGCAGACCUUAGAGGGCCAUCUCCGCGCUAUCCUGGGUACCCUCUCAGUAGAGGAGAUUUACAAAGAUCGUGAGGCCUUUGCAGCUCUUGUCAGAGAGGUUGCCUCCCCUGAUGUUGGUAGGAUGGGUAUUGAAAUCCUUAGCUUCACCAUCAAAGAUAUAGAGGACCAUGUGGACUAUCUUAACUCUCUUGGGAAAACACAGACUGCUAAAGUGAAAAGAGACGCAGACAUAGGUGUGGCUGAGGCUAAAAGAGACGCUGGUAUUAGGGAAGCUGAAUGUGAAAAACAGAAAAUGGAUGUUGUAUACGAGACACAAACAAACAUUGCAGACUCCUCCAGAGAGUAUCAAAUGCAAAAAGCUGCUUACGACCAAGAGGUCAACACAAGGAAGGCAGAGGCUGAACUCUCUUAUGAACUACAGGGAAACAAAGAGAAACAAAAGAUCAGAUCAGAAGAGAUCCAGAUUGAAGUUGUUGAGAGGAGAAAGCAGAUUGAAGUGCAGGAGAAGGAGAUCCAGCGAAAGGAGAAGGAGCUGAUUGCAGAAGUAAAGAGACCUGCUGAGGCUGAGAGUUAUAAAGUGGAGACUUUGGCCCAGGGGAAAAGAACUCAGACAGUGUUCUUAGCUCAAGCAGAUGCAGAGAGGAUCAAGCUUAUUGGUUCAUCUGAGGCUUCAGCUAUCGAGGCUAUUGGUAAAGCAGAGGCUGAGCGUAUGAGGCAGAAGGCGGCAGCCUACAAGAUGUACGGAGAUGCUGCCAUGACAGCCCUUAUCCUGGAGGCCCUACCUAAGGUUGCAGCUGAGGUGGCUGCACCUCUCGCCAAGACGGGAGAGAUUGUGAUCAUUAAUGAUGACGGCAACAGUGUGUCCGGUGAACUAUCUAAACUUCUUGGGCAACUACCUCCUGCCAUCCAGGCUCUAACUGGGACUGACCUCAGUGGAGUGCUCAACAAAAUCCCUGGUGCCAGACAAGCAUAGAUUGCUAGCAUAAGAGAGUCCUGACUAUAUUGGUCCUCUCGUUUAAUAUUCAGUGUAUCAUAAAAAUCAUUAUAACGCCACGACGACACAGCCUUCACCACAAAUCUUGCACAAAAAAGUGAUACCAUCAGCUUGGUGUCAUAUUACUUACAUGAUGACCCAUAGGUUUUAGAUGCUUCACCACUAAAACAUGUCCUUAUAACUAAGGUACCAAAGCGUGAAAACAUGCUUAAAAAGAAUGGAAUCAAAGAGGAGUGGGAAACGACAACCAAUCCUUUAUGAAAAGGACUAUCCACUUGUUUUCUUUCCCCUUCUGGGUGUUUAAUCCCAGUGUCUGUAGAUUAGGGCUUUCUCUUCUAACAAAGGAAUAUCGAGCAAAUAAUUUGCACCAAAAAUUUUUAGGAAACCAUUUUUAGAACAAAACUAUAAAAAACGAAACUUUGGUCUACUGUAUUCACCCUACCCUACUAGUUACUUACAGUGUAUAUCUGAAUUAUUAUAUGAGAUGUCUGAAAGUAACAUUUACAUCUAAUGUACUCACAAUCAGCAUUUUUGAAAUUAUUGAUAUUAUAACUACUCUUUGAGGCUUUUUUAAGUUAUUAGAGGAGUUUUCAAGAGGAUGUUUUCAACGAUAAAGGACGCUUUCGUAACUGAAAAUUGAAAGAAACCCCCGUUUGUAAUAUACGUAACUACGAAUGGGUUUCAAAUGUUGUUAAAAAUAAAUAUGUAAUAUUCUGCAAAUUCCUCUUUGUAUGUUGUGGAUUUUGUUCUUGUGGUACUGGACUGGUACUGUUCUAAUGGUCUUGGAUCUGAUUAAAUUUAUAAACAUUUUA